GGACCAUGGGAAACUUACACAUUUACAGACUGUUUCAGAGAAAUGCAAGCAAUACUCUUUUUCAAAUUUUGUCAAAUUUUACUUUUAUAUAUGCUGAUUCCUUUAUUUUGGCAACUUUUUUUAGUGUAAUUGGUGCUGGAAUUCCAUCACUAUAUUUGGUUGGAUCAUUAGCUUUUCUCAUAAGUGCUUAUGUUCGGCUGAGGCGUCAAAAAGGUUUAAACUACGAACGGUUGCUUAACAAUCGAUCAAAUUCGAAUUAUGGAUCGAUCGAACAAGAUGCUGCAAUGAGUGAUGAUGAUUCGACUACUGGUGAUGCCGAUAAUGUUUCGGAUGAAACUCUCGUGUCUGAUCUAUGUAAUAGAAAUAGUGUUUUUGAUUAUACACGGCUGUUUAUUAGUUUAGUCAUAUUGGGACUAUUUUGCUUCCUUGUUUCGAUAAGAUGGAAAGAUUAUAGUAAAGAAAAACAUGAAUAUUACUGGGUCAUAACUCCUGUCAUAGAGGUCGCAAUUUGGAUGUAUGCGAUUUUCUUAUCCAUAGUUAAUGUGAAAUCAAAACAACGUUCUGUACUCCAUAUUCGUGGACAUUUGGACAUACUUUACUUUCUUACUUUUACAUUUUUCCUGAUCAAUAUUCAUUCAUUUUAUUUGAAAUUCGGGACAGAAAUCACAGUCGAAUAUGCAUUUACAUUAUGUAUCACAAGCUUUUCAUUCAUGUUAAUUUGCAUCUCUAUCUUGGAGCCACCUGAUGAUCCAGAGGAAAUUUGUUCCAAGCCUAACUCUGAGGGUCGAUAUUUAUCACCUGAAGUGAAAUCAUCACUUUAUGAUAAAUAUACAUUUUCAUGGGUUAAUCCAUUGAUCAAAAAAGGAUUUCGAGAAACACUCUAUGAAAAUGAUGUCUUUGAGCUCCCUUACCUUUGCCGAGCAAAGAAUGUUGUAAAAUCUUUCCGAGAGUUUCGUCGAUCUUUUGUUGUAUCUCUUUUCCUCACAUUUCGGAGAGACCUCGUGAGGCAAUUUUUCUACGCCAUGGUGUGGACAUUAAUCGUUGCUUUUGCGCCGCCCUAUUUUCUCAAAAAAAUAUUAUUGUAUGUGCAAACUUAUCCAAAUAAUGAAGUGUCUCUCAUGACUGCAUAUAUGUACGUUGUGGCAUUAUUUCUGGGGACUUUAAUACCAAGUUUAUGUUUCCAACAAGCUCUAUACAUUGGUCGACAAAUUAGUAUUAAGACACAGGCAAUAAUUAUUGGAGAGGUAUAUCGUAAAUCCUUAUCUAGGAAGGAUACUUCUGGUGUCACCGAUGACGAAGAAACAAAAAAUAAAACUGGGAAAAUAACAAACCUCAUGUCUGUUGAUUUACAAAAAGUUUCGGAAAUAUCAGCAUAUGUUUUUUAUGGAUAUUGCUAUCCGUUACAGAUCAUAAUUACUAUUUCAUAUCUAUAUUCAUUGCUUGGAGUAUCUGCACUUACCGGUGUGGUCGCAAUUAUUUUGACUUAUCCUUUGCCUGCCUUGCUUAACCAACGUUUUCAAACAAUCCAAAAACGUCUUAUGGCCGCGACAGAUAACCGUAUGGGCGUGAUGAAUGAGCUACUUCAAGCUAUCCGGAUUAUUAAAUUCUUUGCGUGGGAAAAACAAUUUCGCGAUAAAGUCAUUAGCGCACGAGAAAAUGAGUUGAAAGAAAUUAAAAGUCGGUUGAUGCAAUGGAUUUAUAUUGGAAACGUUUGGAUGAUUUUACCGCUGAUCGUGAUGCUAGCUGUUUUUAUGACAUACACCAAAAUUUUGGGAAAUGAUUUGACAGCACCCGUUGCUUUCACAGCCCUUGCUUUAUUUAAUAUCCUUCGACACGCACUUGACGAAAUUCCUGCUACUUUGGUAGCCUUUAUUCAAGCCAAAGUUUCGAUCACUCGCAUUUUGAAUUUCUUGGGCGAACCUGAAGUAGUGCGUCAAAAUGAUCAAGAUUCAAACAUCGACGAUCCAUAUAUUGGUUUCAAAGAUGCGUCUUUCCAAUGGCCUAUCGGAGGCGAGUCAUCAGAUGAUCUUUCAGAUGUAACUGCGGUAAAUUCAUUGAACAGAUUCACUCUGUUGAAUUUGAAUGUCUCCUUUCCAGUGGGACGGUUAUCAAUAAUCUGUGGACCUACAGGCUGUGGAAAAACAAGUUUAUUGAUGGCUUUGUUGGGAGAAAUGGAGUGCAUUUGUGGUCGUGCCUUUUUGCCUAGGAACACUACAGAUUCUUCAAGGGUUUUAGGCGGUGCACCUAGCGGUGUUGCCUAUGUUGCUCAGACUGCUUGGCUUCAAAAUGCCACCAUUCGAGAUAAUAUUCUUUUCGGUUUACAUUACGAUGAUGAAAGGUAUAACAAGGUUUUGCAAAUAUGUGCCCUUAAUAAAGAUCUUGAGAUAUUGGAAUUUGGAGACAAAACCGAAAUCGGUGAGAAGGGCAUAACCCUUUCGGGUGGACAGAAGCAACGUAUUGCUCUGGCAAGAGCUGUUUAUUCUCAAGCGAAGGUCAUUAUAAUAGACGAUUGUUUAUCGGCUGUCGAUUCUCAUACAGCAAAACAUAUAUAUGAGCAAUGUCUCAUGGGAGGUCUAAUGAAGAAUCGAACUCAAAUUCUUGUUACACACCAUGUUGGACUUUGCAUACGUGGAGCUGCUAAGGUGGUAGUAAUGAAGGAUGGUCAAAUAAUAGGAGAGGGUUCUUCAGAUAAAAUAUUGAACACUGGACUCUUAGGAGAAGUUGCAUUAAAUGAUGAUGGGGAUAAAGAGGAUAUUAUUGAGAACGUUAUUGACAACAAGGGUGCGGAUCUUCAAAAACGUAAUCAGUGUGCGCAUGAAGGUGAUGGUAAACUAAUAAAGGAGGAAACGAAGGCCGAGGGUACAGUUGAAUGGAAAAUCUAUAAGCUUUAUUUUAAAGCUUCGGGCGGAUUUUUAUUCUGGUUGUUUUUAAUCUUGAUGUUUAUUCUUACCCAGUUUUUACAAGUCAGUCAAGAUUGGUGGAUUCGAGAAUGGACCAAAGCUUACGAUACCAUAAGUGAUCUAAUUCGCGGGUUCAUUUUAUCAAUAUCUUCCACUAUUUCUUCAUUGGAUGUUACGUCCUUUGUAUCAGACAGCUAUCUGACAGAAAAGACUUUAUCGUUGCCUCAGCUUGCAUUAUCUAGCAUUAAUUCACCUUCUGGUCAUAAGCCUCUGUCGUCUAACAUGAGUGCAUUUGACCAGUCAGUUAAUGUGGAUUAUUACAUCGGGAUCUAUGUUUUGAUAGGAUUGUUCACCACGGUCAUAGCGACGAUUAGAUCAUAUUGUAUGUUUAUAGGUUCUUUAGCAGCAUCCAGGAAAUUACAUAACGCUAUACUGGAUAGAGUGUUAUUCGCGAAAAUCAGAUUUUUUGACACAACUCCAAUAGGACGAAUAAUGAACCGAUUUUCAAAAGAUAUGGAGACAAUUGAUCAAAACUUAUCACCUGUUGCAAUGUUCCUUCUUUACUCUUGCGUUGCCACCAUGUCUGUAAUAUUCGUGAUCUCCUGCGUAAUGCCGCAAUUCUUGAUAGCAGGGUUAUUCAUUGCUGCUGUAUAUGUACUCAUUGGGACAUAUUACCUCUCUACUUCCCGUGAUCUGAAACGCAUGGAAUCUGUAUCUAGGUCACCAAUAUACGCUUUAUUUGGAGAGACAAUUACUGGUGUGGCUACCAUAAGAGCAUUUGGAGCAGAGACAAGAUUGAUGAAAAGAAUAUUAACUCUAGCAGAUGCAAACAAUAGGCCAUAUAUUUUCAAUUGGGCGUGUAACCGUUGGUUAAAUACUCGUGUGGAUGUUGCUGGUGGGCUUGUCAGCUUAACUACAGGCGUCAUAGUUCUCUACAGUCUUUCGAAUGGAAUGGAUUCCGGAUUAGCGGGUUUAGCACUUAUUUAUGCCCUGAAUUUUACUGGGCAUAUAAUAUGGGUGCUUCGAAUGUAUGCGGUGCAGGAGAUGAACAUGAAUUCUGUUGAAAGGGUUCAGGAAUAUUUGACAUUAGAAGAAGAACCUCCAAGGAUCAUUAAUAAUAGUCGGCCACCUGCUAACUGGCCAUCCAGAGGGGAUAUUUUGGUGGAUAAUCUUGUGAUGCAAUAUGCGCCAGAAAAUCCCCCAGUGUUGAAAGAAAUCUCAUUUCAUGUCCGUCCUUCAGAGAAAGUAGGCAUCGUUGGAAGAACUGGAUCAGGGAAAUCCACGUUGGCCGUGUCAUUCUUUAGGUUCAUGGAACCGACCUCUGGCAGAAUUUUCAUUGAUGGUAUAGACAUCUCUACUCUUGGUCUAUUUGACUUGCGGAGUAGACUCACUAUUAUACCACAAGACCCCGUACUUUUCAGUGGUACUUUAAGAAGUAAUUUAGAUUCCUUUGGAGAAUAUGAAGAUUUCGAAUUAUGGAAUGCACUUCGAAGAGCUCAUCUAAUUGGAGAAGAUACUUUAGUUCAGGAAAAUGGAACAAAUAAAGAUUCCAAUAGUCCCACAUCAAAUGAACAAUCACAAAAUCAAAUAACAUUGACUUUAGAUUCUCCAGUUAGUGAAAAUGGUAAUAACUUUUCUCAAGGUCAAAGACAGUUAAUUGCACUAGCAAGAGCACUAGUACGUAGAUCUAAAUUGAUAAUAAUGGAUGAGGCAACGGCGAGUGUAGAUUUUAAGACAGAUCGAAUGAUUCAAGAAACAAUACGUCAAGAAUUUGACGAUGCUACCCUGUUGUGUAUCGCACAUCGCUUAAGAACCGUAGUGGAUUAUGAUAGAAUUAUAGUAUUAGAUUGA